UAGAGAAAAUAUCCCCAAUAUAUAUAUGCAUAUACAUAUAUCGCAUUGAAACUCCAUUUAUCAAUGGGUACUCUCACAAGCUGUAGUUUCAGUGCCGUUAACCUAAGCCUCCAAUGGAGUCCCAUUAGCAGUACUUCAAGGAAAAGAAUUGAACUGUUUGUGCGAAAGAGCAAUUGUUUUUUGUGCAAGGAGGUAUCGAAGAGGCAUCGAGUUUUGAAUAGGAAUUUUGCUAGGUCUUGGUGUUUUGGUGCGAACAACAAUGGUGAUAAUGACGGAGAUAGUAGCAACAAUGCAUCAAACGAUUCGAAUUUGGCGACAACGACAUCGAGAGACGAGGCGGAAGAGAAAGCACAGUGCAGCGACGAUUUUGAUUCGGACAAGUCCAAGGCUUCUAUUUCAUCAAGGCCACCAACAAUUUCACCUGUUGGACCAUCUUAUAACAAUUUCCAAGUCGACUCUUUUAAGCUGAUGGAACUCCUUGGACCAGAGAAGGUUGAUGCUGCCGAUGUAAAGCUUAUUAAGAAAAAGCUUUUUGGCUAUUCCACCUUCUGGGUGACCAAAGAAGAGCCAUUUGGAGAUCUAGGAGAGGGCAUUCUUUUUCUUGGCAAUCUGAGGGGAAAGAGAGAGGAGGUUUUUUCCAAACUUCAGAAUCAGCUGGCUGAACUCAUGGGCAAUAAGUACAAUUUAUUUAUGGUGGAGGAACCCAAUUCUGAAGGACCAGACCCGCGUGGUGGACCCCGUGUCAGUUUUGGUAUGCUGCGUAAAGAGGUUUCAGAACCAGGGCCAACAACACUAUGGCAAUAUGUGAUUGCUCUAUUGUUAUUCGUUCUCACUAUUGGUUCCUCGGUGGAGCUAGGAAUUGCAUCUCAGAUAAAUAGGCUUCCACCAGAGGUAGUUAAGUACUUCACAGAUCCAAAUGCCAUUGAACCACCAGAUAUGCAGCUUUUAUUCCCAUUUGUGGAGUCUGCUCUGCCCCUGGCAUAUGGUGUUCUGGGGGUUCAGCUAUUUCACGAAGUUGGGCAUUUUUUGGCUGCUUUCCCAAAGAAAGUAAAACUAAGCAUUCCAUUCUUCAUUCCUAAUAUUACUCUUGGAAGCUUUGGUGCAAUUACUCAGUUCAAAUCUAUUCUCCCUGACCGAAAGACAAAAGUUGAUAUUUCCCUUGCGGGUCCAUUUACUGGUGCUACGUUGUCUUUUUCUAUGUUUGCUGUUGGCUUGCUGCUUUCAUCAAACCCAAAUGCUGCAGGGGAUUUGGUGCAGGUUCCUAGCAUGCUAUUUCAAGGUUCUUUGCUUCUUGGAUUAAUAAGCAGAGCCACUUUAGGUUAUGCAGCAAUGCAUACAGCCACAGUUUGGGUCCAUCCUCUUGUAAUUGCAGGCUGGUGUGGGUUAACUACGUCAGCUUUUAAUAUGCUUCCUGUGGGAUGUCUUGACGGCGGAAGAGCUAUACAGGGUGCCUUCGGGAAAAAUGCACUAAUUGGAUUUGGUUUGACAACCUACACAUUGCUUGGAUUGGGAGUGCUCGGUGGACCUUUGUCACUUCCUUGGGGUCUGUAUGUGUUGAUCUGUCAGAGGGCACCAGAGAAACCAUGCUUGAAUGAUGUGACAGAGGUUGGAACAUGGAGGAGAACAGUUCUUACAGUGGCUAUUUUCCUGGUUGUGUUGACCCUCCUUCCUGUGUGGGAUGAGCUUGCAGAGGAGCUGGGUAUAGGUCUUGUAACUGCAUUUUGAUGUAAAUACACAGCAAUCCAAUUUUGACUUUUUAAAACUAAAUUAGAAAUAAAGGAAUUGAUGGCUUCAGCGAGUCAUAUUCAUUGUAUCCCCACCCCACAAAAUUAUUCCUAUUAUUGGGUGAGCACGUGGUCACAUAGUAGGACGGACGGACCUACUAGAUAACUUCUCCCUACCCACCCACUUUCUCGUUAUAUGUUUGUAAGAUGUACAUGCAUUAAUAUUUUUGCAUUCUUUAUAUGUUUGAAAGAUGUACAUGCAUUAGUAUUUUUGUGUUCAGCAAUACAUUCUUUAAAUGCUCUCAAA